UUACAUGCAAAGAUAUAUAUAUAAGCAGCAGAGAAUUUUGCUUUCAAACUGGUUUUACAUUUGUUUUGUGGAUUAUCCAAGCUGCUAGGAGCUGCCUUACAGCAAUGGCAGGAGGAAAUUGUGAGAUCAGCAGCAUCUUUAAUAACUACUUUACAACCUUAUAUCCACUGGUACAUGUACCAAUAGACAAUAUUGCGCCAAGCCAGGACAAGGACAAGUUCCUCAACUUUGAACCGCAUGAGCUUAGCAGUGAACUAACAGCAGAACCAUGUGGUUGGGCAAAGGAUUUGCCAGCAAUGUGGUCUCAACAGCAGGUCUUGGACUGGAUCAGUUACCAUGUGGAACAAAACAAAUGGGAUGCCAGCACAAUGGACCUAACCCAGUGUGAGAUGGAUGGACAAAGGCUAUGCCUGCUUAGCAGAGAAGACAUGAUCUCCGUGUUUGGAGGUCUUGGCGAUAGACUUUACGAACACCUAUGCCAGCUGAGGGACUGGCCAUCAUCUAAAUCCACAGAAUCCCGUAAUUCAGCAGUUGGAGACUAUGAGUUCAAACUUCAUUUCUUUGAAGAUGCACCUUCUGAGUGGGACCUGAUCUAUGAUAUCAUCAGAAAUGAAGAUAGUCUUCACGUGAAGAAAGAAUUAGACACUGAAGAGUUUUGUGGAAUAUCCAAAUUGCAUUCUAGAAACACUCCAGAUAUUGGAUACUACUCUGACCCCAUCUCUCCAGCUAGUUCAGUAUCCUGUGGAUCUGCUGCAGAGUCAUACAGCCCACCUGCUGGAGAUUCAGGAGGCAGUGACAUUGAUAUUGAAGUCAAACAUUAUAGAGAUAGUUUAAGCCAAAACAAACCUGAUGGUGGCCCUAAUAAAAGAAGGAGGGGUAGACCUCGCAAGCUGAACUCAGACAGUCAGGAUAUUCUGGAAACCAAAAAAAGCAAACAUUCUGCACGUGGAACUCACCUUUGGGAGUUUAUUCGGGACAUCUUGCUGCAUCCAGAUUUGAAUGAUGGUCUUCUCAAAUGGGAAGACAGAUCUGAAGGGGUCUUCAAAUUCCUUCGUUCAGAAGCAGUAGCUCAAUUGUGGGGACAGAAGAAAAAGAAUACCAGCAUGACAUAUGAGAAAUUAAGUCGUGCUAUGAGAUAUUACUACAAGAGAGAAAUUCUGGAACGUGUUGAUGGACGCAGACUUGUCUAUAAAUUUGGAAAGAAUGCCAGUGGGUGGAGGCUAGGAGAUAAGGGAACCCUUGUGAGUUAAGCAAAUAAGCUGGCCAACUUUGAAGUUAGUCACAACUCACUCAAGAAGCAUUGUCCCCAUUUUGGGACCUUCCUGGGUGCGUGUAUUUCAGACUCCAACCUUUUUUGAAGGACAUUGAUGUAGCACAAUUUUUACGGUGCCUCUAAAAUAAGCUGAUAUUUUAGCUUCAGUAGGUUGUUGUAAACCAGUUUUUACUAUUAUAUAUUUUUUUUUCUUUUCAUGUAUGUAACUAUUGUUUAUUGAAGGGCUUAAUAUAAAAUAACACACAAGAAAUCUAGAGCAAAUAUCAUAAGAGUACACUUAUGAAAAAGCGUAGAGAAAACAAUGGGGUAAAAACAUUGAAUACUAUUACAUUUCACUUUUAUGCACACAUUUAAAAACUUAAUAUCAUUAGCCCUAUAUAUCCCUCUGUUACCUCCUUCCUUGCUGCCUCCUCUGCCAAUAAAUGGUUAAAAUCCAUUUAUUUACUUACCCAAUCCAAGAGCUGAUGUCUGUCGGUGAUGGGUCGGCACAAAUUGAAACCUCUUUAGUUUAGAAAAACAUUGCCUCAGAGGGGAUAUGAUAACAUUAUACAAAUAUAUCCGGGGCCAAUACAAACCAUUGUGUGGAAAUCUAUUCACAAACAUUCACAAACCGGACUUUACAUAGGACACGAGGUCAUGUGUUUAGACUGGAAGAAAGAAGAUUUUGUCUAAGGCAAAUAAACAUUUUUUUUUUUUACUGUACGAACAAUAAGGAUGUGGAAUUCUCUGCCUGAAGAAGUGGUUUUAUCAGAGUCCAUACAGAUGUUCAAACAGCAACUAGAUGCAUACUUGCAAAACCAGAAUAUUCAAGGAUAUAAUUUUUCAGUGUAGGGUAAUAGUUUCUUGAUCCAAGGAUUAAUCUGACUGCCAUUCUGGGGACAACAAGGAUUUUUUUCCCUAGUAUGUUGCAAAAUUGGAAGUGCUUCAAACUGUUUUUUUUGGGUUUUUUUUUUGCCUUCUUUUGGAUCAACAGCAAAAAACAAAUGUGAGGAAGGCUGUACUUGAUGGACGCAAGUCCCUUUUCAGCUAUGUAACUAUAUAACUCCGCCACCUCCAACAUCAUGCAACAAUGGGAUCUAAUGUGCAGCGAACGUUGCUAGCACAUUAGGCCUUCCUCAUAGGAAAUUAUUGAAUCAAUGUUUUCCUAUUGGGUUUAAUUGAUGCAUAAUUUCCUUAUGCAAAGCAUGAGGAUGUCCAGCAUCAGUUAGGCGACUAAAAGCCACUUAGAAAAUAAAUUUGGAGUGUUCAUACACCAUAAAACAAAGUGCCAAUCAGAUGAUCUCUAUGAGACCAUCUCAUUGACAUAGUGGAGUUUUACAUUGACAUCCAUUUUGUCAGAAGCGGCUCUAACGGCUGUCACUAUGACACCCACUAGAGGCAUGUGAAACCUGCAGUAAUAGCAUUGCUGUUUCUGCCAAUUGGCAAUGUGUUCAGCUGCAGGGUUAAAACAGAGGCGACAUAGCACCAAGUCCACUUCAUUGAGUUGGAGUGGUCUGGAUGCCUUAUGGUGUUCGUUUAGGAAUAUGCACCCAAACAGACUACUUAUAUUGCAGUCCAACUAAAACAAAAUGCUGUGAAUAUAUCUGUUCUUGUAAAUCUGUAUCUUACUUUUCUGUAAAUAGUUGAUGUUAAAAUUAAUAUUUCUCAAUCAUUGUACUUUUAAGACACUUGUCAUAUUGAGUAUUUAAAUAUGUAUUGCACAUUUUUGAUAUGUCUAAUUUCUCAGCUGGACUGGCUGUUGUUUUAACACUAUUGUCAUGUUUAUAAAUGUUGUUUUUUAUAUCUGAGAUUUUAUAAAUAUUAUUGUAAAUCAAAGAAUUUCAGUAAAUGUAAAAAAAAAGUAAAUUACUAUUUGCAAAUACAUAAAAACAA